AUGUGUUACCGUACCCUUCCCUCCAUGUGUGUGACCUCGCUGGUCCAUCGCAGGCCCAACGUGUGCGGAUCCAGGUUCCACUCCUACUGCUGCCCGGGAUGGAAGACGCUUCCUGGAGGAAACCAGUGCAUUGUCCCAAUUUGUAGAAAUAGUUGUGGAGAUGGAUUUUGUUCCCGUCCCAACAUGUGCACCUGUUCCAGCGGCCAGAUAUCACCAGCCUGUGGAUCGAAAUCAAUUCAGCAGUGCAACGUUAGGUGCCUGAAUGGAGGGACCUGCACAGAUGACCAUUGCCAGUGCCAGAAGGGAUAUAUUGGAACUUACUGUGGACAACCCGUCUGCGAAAAUGGAUGUCAGAAUGGUGGGCGCUGUAUUGGACCCAACCGCUGCGCUUGUGUUUAUGGAUUCACUGGUCCGCAGUGUGAAAGAGAUUACAGGACAGGCCCUUGUUUCACUCAGGUCAACAACCAGAUGUGCCAAGGGCAGCUGACAGGCAUUGUCUGCACGAAGACUCUAUGCUGUGCCACCAUCGGACGGGCCUGGGGCCACCCCUGUGAGAUGUGUCCUGCCCAGCCUCAGCCCUGCCGACGGGGCUUUAUCCCCAACAUCCGCACCGGAGCUUGCCAAGAUGUUGAUGAGUGCCAGGCUAUUCCUGGGAUAUGCCAGGGAGGAAACUGCAUCAAUACAGUGGGCUCUUUUGAAUGCAAAUGCCCUGCUGGCCACAAGCAGAGUGAAACUACUCAGAAAUGUGAAGACAUCGAUGAGUGCAGCGUCAUUCCUGGGAUAUGUGUGACUGGCGAAUGUUCCAACACCGUGGGAAGCUAUUUUUGCGUUUGUCCACGUGGAUAUGUAACCUCAACAGAUGGCUCUCGGUGCAUCGAGGAAUAUCGCAGACUCUGCAUGGAUGGACUUCCGAUAGGAGGGAUCCCAGGGAGUGCUGGUUCCAGACCUGGAGGCAGUGGGGGGAAUGGCUUUGCCCCAGGUGGCAACGGCAAUGGCUAUGGCCCAGGAGGGACAGGCUUCAUCCCCAUCCCUGGAGGCAAUGGCUUUUCUCCUGGAGUUGGGGGAGCUGGUGUAGGGGCCGGGGGACAGGGGCCCAUCAUCACUGGACUAACUAUUCUGAACCAGACAAUAGAUAUCUGUAAGCAUCAUGCUAAUCUCUGUUUAAAUGGACGCUGCAUACCUACUGUGUCUAGCUACCGAUGUGAAUGCAACAUGGGGUACAAGCAGGAUUCAAAUGGGGACUGCAUAGAUGUUGAUGAAUGCACAUCAAAUCCCUGCACUAAUGGAGAUUGUGUUAACACACCUGGAUCCUAUUAUUGUAAAUGUCAUGCUGGAUUCCAGAGGACUCCUACUAAGCAAGCGUGCAUUGAUAUUGAUGAGUGCAUCCAGAAUGGGGUCCUUUGUAAAAACGGUCGAUGUGUGAACACAGAUGGAAGUUUCCAGUGCAUUUGCAAUGCCGGCUUUGAACUAACUACAGAUGGAAAAAACUGUGUUGACCAUGAUGAGUGUACGACCACCAACAUGUGUUUGAACGGCAUGUGCAUUAAUGAAGACGGUAGCUUCAAGUGCAUCUGCAGACCAGGCUUUGUCUUGGCUCCAAAUGGGCGUUACUGUACUGAUGUUGACGAAUGCCAGACCCCAGGCAUCUGCAUGAAUGGGCACUGCAUCAACAACGAAGGCUCCUUCCGCUGCGACUGUCCCCCAGGCCUGGCUGUGGGCGUGGACGGACGUGUGUGCGUUGAUACUCACAUGCGCAGUACAUGCUACGGCGGGAUCAAGAAGGGAGCGUGUGUCCGUCCUUUCCCCGGCGCGGUGACCAAGUCAGAAUGCUGCUGUGCCAACCCAGACUAUGGUUUUGGAGAGCCCUGCCAGCCCUGCCCGGCAAAAAAUUCAGCUGAAUUCCAUGGUCUUUGUAGCAGUGGAGUAGGGAUCACUGUGGAUGGAAGAGAUAUCAAUGAAUGUGCUUUGGAUCCCGAUAUAUGUGCGAACGGAAUUUGCGAGAAUGUACGUGGCAGUUACCGUUGUAAUUGCAACAGCGGCUAUGAGCCCGACGCCUCUGGAAGACUCUGUGUCGACAUCGAUGAGUGCUUGGUAAACAGGCUGCUCUGUGACAAUGGCCUGUGCAGAAACACGCCCGGAAGUUACAGUUGCACGUGCCCACCUGGGUAUGUGUUCAGGACUGAGACGGAGACGUGUGAAGAUAUAAACGAAUGUGAAAGCAACCCAUGUGUCAAUGGGGCCUGCAGGAACAACCUUGGAUCUUUCAAUUGCGAAUGUUCUCCUGGCAGCAAACUCAGCUCAACGGGAUUGAUCUGUAUUGACAGCCUGAAAGGGACGUGUUGGCUCAACAUCCAGGACAACCGCUGUGAGGUGAACAUUAACGGGGCCACUCUGAAGUCCGAAUGCUGCGCCACGCUCGGAGCCGCCUGGGGCAGCCCCUGCGAGCGGUGUGAACUAGAUGCAGCUUGCCCAAGAGGCUUUGCCAGGAUUAAAGGUGUUUCUUGUGAAGACGUUAACGAGUGUGAGGUAUUUCCUGGCGUUUGUCCAAAUGGACGCUGUGUCAAUAGCAAAGGGUCUUUUCAUUGUGAGUGCCCUGAAGGCCUUACAUUGGAUGGAACUGGACGAGUGUGUCUCGACAUCCGCAUGGAGCAGUGUUACUUGAAGUGGGACGAAGAUGAAUGUGUCCAUCCUGUUCCUGGAAAGUUCCGCAUGGAUGCCUGCUGCUGUGCGGUUGGGGCAGCUUGGGGCACUGAGUGUGAGGAGUGCCCCAAACCUGGCACCAAGGAGUAUGAGACCCUGUGUCCCCGGGGGCCAGGCUUUGCCAACAGAGGGGACGUUCUAACAGGGCGGCCAUUUUAUAAAGAUAUCAAUGAAUGCAAAGCUUUUCCUGGCAUGUGCACCUUUGGGAAGUGCAGAAAUACCAUUGGGAGUUUCAAGUGCCGUUGUAACAGUGGCUUUGCCCUAGACGUGGAGGAGAGAAACUGCACAGACAUUGACGAGUGCAGGAUUUCUCCUGACCUCUGUGGGAGUGGAAUCUGUGUCAACACGCCCGGCAGCUUUGAGUGUGAGUGUUUCGAAGGCUACGAAAGUGGGUUCAUGAUGAUGAAGAACUGCAUGGACAUUGACGAAUGUGAACGUAACCCUCUCCUUUGUAGGGGUGGCACCUGUGUGAACACGGAGGGCAGCUUUCAGUGUGACUGCCCACUAGGACACGAGCUGUCACCGUCACGUGAGGACUGUGUGGAUAUAAAUGAAUGCUCCCUGAGCGACAAUCUGUGUAGAAAUGGAAAGUGUGUGAACAUGAUUGGAACCUAUCAGUGCUCCUGUAACGCGGGAUACCAGGCCACACCAGACAGGCAGGGCUGCACAGAUAUUGACGAGUGCAUGAUAAUGAACGGAGGGUGUGACACGCGGUGCACUAACUCAGAAGGCAGCUACGAGUGCAGCUGCAGCGAGGGCUACGCCCUGAUGCCAGACGGGAGGUCCUGCGCAGAUAUUGACGAGUGUGAAAAUAAUCCUGACAUCUGUGACGGGGGGCAGUGUACCAACAUUCCUGGAGAGUACCGCUGUCUGUGCUAUGAUGGCUUCAUGGCUUCAAUGGACAUGAAGACAUGCAUUGAUGUGAAUGAGUGUGACUUGAAUUCAAACAUCUGCAUGUUUGGGGAAUGUGAGAACACCAAGGGAUCCUUCAUUUGCCACUGUCAGCUGGGUUAUUCCGUCAAGAAGGGGACCACAGGAUGCACAGACGUGGACGAGUGUGAAAUCGGUGCCCACAACUGUGACAUGCACGCCUCCUGUCUCAACGUCCCAGGAAGCUUCCGGUGCAGCUGCAGAGAAGGCUGGGUUGGAAAUGGCAUCAAAUGUAUUGAUCUGGAUGAAUGUUCGAACGGAACCCACCAAUGUAGCAUCAAUGCUCAGUGUGUUAACACCCCAGGCUCCUACCGGUGUGCCUGCUCCGAAGGGUUCACUGGAGACGGCUUUACCUGUUCAGAUGUCGAUGAGUGCGCCGAAAACAUAAAUCUCUGCGAGAACGGACAGUGCCUCAACGUCCCGGGUGCAUAUCGCUGCGAGUGUGAGAUGGGCUUCACUCCAGCCUCUGACAGCAGGUCCUGCCAAGAUAUUGAUGAAUGCUCCUUCCAAAAUAUUUGUGUGUUUGGAACAUGUAAUAAUUUGCCUGGAAUGUUCCAUUGUAUCUGUGAUGACGGUUAUGAAUUGGACAGAACUGGAGGAAAUUGUACAGACAUUGAUGAAUGUGCAGAUCCCAUAAACUGUGUCAACGGCCUGUGUGUCAACACCCCUGGUCGCUAUGAGUGUAACUGCCCCCCGGACUUCCAGCUGAACCCCACUGGAGUGGGCUGUGUUGACAACCGAGUGGGCAACUGCUACCUGAAGUUCGGCCCUCGAGGAGACGGGAGUCUGUCCUGCAACACCGAGAUUGGGGUGGGCGUCAGUCGCUCCUCGUGCUGCUGCUCCCUGGGGAAGGCCUGGGGGAACCCCUGCGAGACGUGCCCCCCUGUCAACAGCACUGAAUAUUAUACCCUGUGUCCCGGAGGAGAGGGCUUCAGACCUAACCCCAUCACAAUCAUCUUAGAAGAUAUCGAUGAAUGCCAGGAGUUACCAGGCCUCUGCCAGGGCGGAAACUGCAUCAACACUUUUGGGAGCUUCCAGUGCGAGUGCCCGCAAGGCUACUACCUCAGCGAGGAAACCCGCAUCUGUGAGGACAUCGAUGAGUGUUUCACACGUCCUGGCGCCUGCGGGCCCGGCACCUGCUACAACACGCUGGGAAAUUACACCUGCAUCUGCCCGCCUGAGUACAUGCAGGCCGACGGAGGCCACAGCUGCAUGGACAUGAGAAAAAGUUUUUGUUACCGGAGCUAUAAUGGAACCACUUGUGAGAAUGAAUUGCCUUUCAACGUGACAAAGAGGAUGUGCUGCUGCACGUACAAUGUGGGGAAAGCCUGGAAUAAGCCCUGUGAGCCGUGCCCAACACCCGGGACAGCUGACUUUAAGACCAUAUGUGGAAAUAUCCCUGGCUUCACCUUUGACAUUCACACUGGAAAAGCUGUUGACAUUGAUGAAUGUAAAGAGAUCCCAGGCAUUUGCGCCAACGGCGUGUGCAUCAACCAGAUCGGCAGUUUCCGCUGCGAAUGCCCUACGGGCUUCAGUUACAACGACCUGCUCCUGGUCUGUGAAGAUAUUGACGAGUGCAGCAAUGGUGACAAUCUGUGCCAGCGGAACGCAGACUGCCUCAACAGCCCGGGCAGCUACCGCUGCGCGUGUGCCGCCGGCUUCAAACUGUCCCCCAACGGAGCCUGCGUAGACCGCAACGAGUGUUUAGAAAUUCCUAAUGUUUGCAGUCAUGGCCUGUGUGUUGAUUUGCAAGGAAGUUACCAGUGCAUCUGCCACAAUGGCUUUAAGGCUUCCCAGGACCAGACCAUGUGCAUGGAUGUUGAUGAGUGUGAGCGGCAUCCGUGUGGAAACGGAACUUGCAAAAACACGGUUGGAUCCUAUAACUGUCUCUGCUACCCGGGGUUUGAACUCACUCAUAAUAAUGAUUGUCUGGACAUAGAUGAGUGCAGUUCCUUUUUUGGUCAGGUGUGCAGAAAUGGACGGUGUUUUAAUGAAAUUGGCUCCUUCAAGUGUUUAUGUAACGAAGGUUAUGAACUUACUCCAGAUGGCAAGAACUGUAUCGAUACUAAUGAGUGUGUUGCCCUUCCUGGCUCUUGUUCUCCUGGCACCUGUCAGAAUUUGGAGGGAUCCUUCAGGUGCAUCUGUCCCCCGGGGUAUGAAGUGAAAAGUGAGAACUGCAUCGACAUAAACGAAUGUGAGGAAGAUCCCAACAUCUGUCUGUUUGGUUCCUGCACCAACACCCCUGGGGGCUUCCAGUGCAUCUGCCCCCCUGGCUUUGUUUUGUCUGAUAAUGGACGGAGAUGCUUUGAUACCCGCCAGAGCUUCUGCUUCACCAACUUCGAAAAUGGAAAGUGCUCUGUGCCCAAGGCCUUCAACACCACCAAGGCAAAAUGCUGCUGUAGUAAAAUGCCGGGAGAGGGCUGGGGGGACCCCUGUGAGCUGUGCCCCAAAGAUGAUGAAGUUGCAUUCCAGGACUUGUGUCCAUACGGCCACGGAACUGUUCCGAGUCUGCAUGACACCCGUGAAGAUGUCAACGAGUGCCUUGAGAGCCCAGGCAUUUGUUCGAACGGCCAGUGUAUCAAUACGGACGGCUCUUUCCGCUGUGAGUGUCCGAUGGGCUACAACCUUGAUUACACUGGCGUGCGCUGCGAGGAUACUGACGAAUGUUCCAUCGGCAACCCAUGUGGGAAUGGGACAUGCACCAAUGUUAUUGGGAGUUUUGAAUGUAAUUGCAAUGAAGGUUUUGAGCCAGGGCCCAUGAUGAAUUGUGAAGAUAUCAACGAGUGUGCCCAGAACCCGCUGCUCUGUGCUUUUCGCUGCAUGAACACCUUCGGGUCCUAUGAAUGCACCUGUCCAAUUGGCUACGCCCUCAGGGCAGACCAGAAGAUGUGCAAAGAUCUGGAUGAGUGUGCCGAAGGGCUCCAUGACUGUGAAUCUAGAGGCAUGAUGUGCAAGAAUCUGAUCGGCACCUUCAUGUGCAUCUGCCCGCCUGGGAUGACCCGACGGCCUGAUGGGGAAGGCUGCGUAGAUGAAAAUGAAUGCAGGACCAAGCCAGGAAUUUGUGAAAACGGGCGCUGUGUUAACACUGUCGGGAGCUACAGAUGUGAGUGUAGUGAAGGAUUUCAGUCAAGUUCCUCAGGCACUGAAUGCCUUGACAAUCGACAGGGACUCUGCUUUGCAGAGGUGUUGCAGACCAUGUGUCAGAUGGCGUCCAGCAGCCGCAACCUCGUCACGAAGUCUGAAUGCUGCUGUGACGGGGGGCGGGGCUGGGGUCACCAGUGUGAGCUUUGCCCGCUUCCGGGAACCGCCCAUUACAAAAAGAUAUGUCCUCAUGGCCCGGGAUAUGCCACCGAUGGGAGAGAUAUUGAUGAAUGCAAGGUCAUGCCAAACCUCUGCAGCAACGGUCAGUGCAUCAACACGAUGGGCUCGUUCCGAUGCUUCUGCAAGGUGGGCUACACCACGGACAUCAGCGGCACCUCGUGCGGAGACCUUGAUGAGUGUUCCCAGUCCCCGAAGCCGUGCAACUUCAUCUGCAAGAACACGGAGGGGAGCUACCAGUGCUCGUGCCCCCGGGGGUACGUCCUGCAGGAGGAUGCCAAGACCUGCAAAGACCUUGAUGAAUGUCAGACCAAACAGCACAACUGCCAGUUCCUCUGCGUCAACACCCUGGGAGGGUUUACCUGUAAAUGCCCACCUGGCUUCACGCAGCACCACACCGCUUGUAUUGACAACAACGAAUGUGGCUCUCAGCCUUCACUCUGCGGAGCAAAGGGAAUCUGUCAGAACACGCCUGGAAGUUUCAGCUGUGAAUGCCAAAGAGGGUUCUCGCUUGAUGCCACUGGACUGAACUGUGAAGAUGUGGAUGAAUGUGAUGGAAACCACAGGUGCCAGCAUGGCUGCCAGAACAUCCUGGGAGGCUACCGCUGCGGCUGCCCGCAAGGGUACAUCCAGCACUACCAGUGGAACCAGUGCGUCGACGAGAACGAGUGCUCCAACCCCGGCGCGUGCGGCUCCGCCUCCUGCUACAACACGCUGGGCGGCUACAAGUGCGUCUGCCCCUCGGGCUUCUCCUUCGACCAGUUCUCCAGCGCCUGCCACGACGUCAACGAGUGCUCGUCCUCCAAGAACCCCUGCAGCUACGGCUGCUCCAACACGGAAGGCGGCUACCUCUGCGGCUGCCCGCCCGGCUACUUCCGGGUGGGACAGGGCCACUGUGUCUCAGGAAUGGGAUUUAACAAAGGGCAGUACCUGGCCCUGGACGCGGAGGUGGACGAGGAAAAUGCCCUGUCCCCGGAAGCAUGCUAUGAGUGCAAAAUCAACGGCUACUCCAAGAAAGAUGGCCGGCAGAAGAGAAACGUUGGUGACCCAGAGCCCACUGCCGUGGACCACGUCAGCCUGGAGAGCGUCGACAUGGAGAGCCCCCUGAAAAUGAAGUUCAACCUCUCGGGCCUUGGCUCCAAGGAGCACAUCCUGGAACUCAUGCCCGCCAUCGAGCCCCUCAACAACCACAUCCGCUAUGUCAUCUCCCACGGCAACGACGAGGGCGUCUUCCGCAUCCACCAACGGAACGGGCUCAGCUACUUGCACACGGCCCGGCGGAGGCUCGCGCCCGGCACGUACACACUGGAGAUCACCAGCGUCCCUCUCUACAAGAAGGAGGAGCUGAGGAACCUGGAAGACCACAAUGAGGAUGACUACCUCGUAGGGGAGCUCGGGGAGGCCCUCAGAAUGAGGCUGCAGAUUCAGCUCUACUAGCCCCUGACAGACUCGGUUCCAGGCUCAAAUCCCCGCACAGCCAGCCUGCAGAAGCCUGAGAAGUCCAGGACUCAUUUAACGGGGAGUGGGGGGAAGACAACUGUGGUUUCUUUCUCCCUGUCUCAGACUGCAGAAUGUUGACCCUCACAGGGAGGGAUGAUUGAGACUCUGGUAUGGCCAAAGAUUUGAGUACAAAGGCAACCGUGGUUACUGUAUUUUUUAUAUAACUUCACUUUAAAAUAUAUUAAAAAAAAAAAACUAAAACAAAAUGUUCAAGAGAUCAGCAUAUGGCACUAAAUGCACAAAAAUAAUGUGAGCUUUUUUUUUC